AUGGGUAAAGAUUCAAUCUUACAGGGACUUGCUUCUGCUGGUAAAACUACUUUACAAGGGGCUAAGUCAAUAUCAAAAGUUAGUUAUGAGGCCGGUAAGAACCAUUACGCAAACAGUAAAGCAGCUAGGGGUGGCCGUUCCUCCAACAGCAGCUCUCGGGAAAAUUCCCGACAUGAGACAAGUGUGAAGUUGGAAAACUUGCCUGAUCCUAAUAAACUUCCUCCCCCUCCAGUUAGACGAGACCAACAACAAGGUUCUCCAGAAAGUAGUAUUAGGGUGGGCAGUGCCAGUUCUUCUACUGUUCAAACACACCACCAGGCCCAGCUCUCGAAAAUCCCAGAUUCCCAAUACUCGAGGGGCAGGGAUGAUAGCACAAAUUCAAAUGCUCCAUUUAAGCGUGUGUCCUACAAGGGCGAUGAGAUUAUUUUGCAACCGCUAGGACCACGGCCACCUCAUAAGGCUGAAUAUAAUCAAACCCCUCAGUUACCGGAUUUUCAACAGGCCCCAGUCCAUCAAAAAGAGAGGAAUGCAGAUACACAGCAUUCCAAUAAUUCUAAAGUGACAUCAAAACCAGCACCUCCGAUUCCUGUACGAAACUACGAUGCUUCUGUUAUCUCUGGUUUAUCAUCUUCACACUCUGGGUACCAACCAUCAUUACCUAACCGUAAUAAUGAUUCUCAGUCCCCUGUGAAUCUUCAAUCCCAUACAAAAGUCAAGACCCUUGAGCAAACAAAUUUAAUGGCACAGAAAGGCUCCCCAAGAGCAGUGCCUGAAAUCGAUGUGACAAGUUUACCUCCUCCUCCAUCGCAUAGGGAUCUACGGAGAGCUGUCACUUCCUCUUCAGAGACUUCCAAUUCUGCAAUUGAGAUAACUGAAACUGAUUCACUGCCUGAUAAUCCUGCUGUAAUAAGGCCUUCAAUGCUAGAAAAAUCAACUGCCUGGUCAAAGAAUAACAAGUCAGACAAUAUUGCAUCGAGCAGCUCAACAGUGAACCAGUCGUUUAAUUAUAAUCACAUAAAAAAGCUAGAUAUCCAUCCAACCCCUCCUCCUCGGCCUUUUACUACAUCAUCGGUGGGUAAUACAGAAGAUUCACAAGAAUUACUUAAAACUCCAAACUCCAAACCAACUACACACACACCAUCCACAGGUUUAAAUACACCAACUGUACAUCAGUAUCCAUUACUCGAAAUUAAGAAAACUGUCCCUAGUGUACUUGGUAGGUACGAAAAUGAACAGACGGUCAACUUUCCACCACCUCCAAAGCCUCCUAGGAAAGCCGAUUACUCUAGUGGUCUCUCAGCUACCGCUAAGGAUAGUUCGGCAUUAUCGCAUACGGGUCAUGAAAAGGAAAUAAUAGUUCGCCGAUCAGAAACUCAAUCCUCCCUGCCAAUAGAUCCUCCUCCGGUAUAUACAGCAUCUAUACCUGAGACAAAACACGCAUUACAGGAAAUCAAUGAUAGAUCAAAGUUCCCUUCAGAAGUAGUACAACCUCGUGGGCAGUAUUUAGGAACAAGAUUACAUCGCCAAUCUAAUCCAAAGGCUACUGAUGAUACAGAAUUACAACUUGCAAAUGAUAUUUCCGAGAUAAAGUUGCGCCAUGUAGAUGCAAAGGUCUUGACUACCGCGGAAAAUACCAAGAUUGAUAAGAAACCGCCGCCAAUAGUACCGAAGAAAAAGGAAACAUUAGCUAGUAUCAAGAAGAUUCCUCCACCUGUACCAAAGAAGAAGAGUUCUUUGGUGUCGAAGCCAAUUGUGCCCAACCACGUAUCGCAAUCUCCCGAUUUGGAAGAUAGCGGAAUUACUGCUGAUGCAGGUUUGUCUAAUUCGGAUGACAAUCCAUUUCGUCGGUACCUCAAGAAUGUUGUUCCAGAAGAAAGUAACAGGGUAAAUCGCCGCUGA